ACGACUGUGGGCUUUCGUUUUUUUUUUUUUUUUGUUUAACGCAACGUUAACCAAGAGAUCAACUCAGCUGAGCUGCCGAAAGCGGUGCAUUGUGGGUAUUGCGUCCCUGUGCACGUUUCUUAUCCAGCAUGGCAGGGAAAAACAAGAGGAAAUUGGAGGAUCUCAGUGUGGAUGAGUUCAUGUUAUCUGGGUUUGAUUCUGGUGAGGAAGAUGAUUGUGAGGAUGAGGAAUCAACACAACAGAAAGGAAAGAUGAAGAAACCUGCACCUCAGAAGAUGUCUGUCAAAAAGCAGGGCAAGGCAUCUGAGCACAAGGACCAUCUGUCAGCCCUCAAGAGCAAAGACCCAGAAUUCUAUGAGUUCUUACAAGAAAAUGACGAGAAGCUCUUGAAUUUUGAUGACUCUGAUAGCCUUGAAGAUGAGGAGGAGGAUGAAGAGGAGAGGAUGUACCACAAACUCCCUUCUCAACUGGAGGAAGCUGAUGAUAAUGACGAGGGGGAAUCAGGAAAAAAGGAUGUGAAAAAGCCUAAAGAAGCUACCAAAGUCACAGAAGCAAUGAUUGAGAACUGGAGAACUGGACUCAGGAAAGAGCCCACGGCAAAAUUGAUUAGGGACAUCACACAAGCCUUCAAGGCUGCCGUGGCGACAACAAAGGGCGACUCUGAGGAGCUGUGUCGAUAUACCAUCUCAGACAGCGCGGUGUUCAAUUCCCUCAUCCUGUUCUGCAUAAAGGACAUGCAUGCAGCUCUGAACAAAAUGCUGAAGCUGAAAGCUCCAGAGAAAGGCCAGAAAAAAUUAAUACUUCCAUCUUCAAGUCCCAGAUGGCAGAAAAAUCAGAUUGAUAUUAAGAUGUAUAUUGCUGGUGUUGUUCAGCUCCUCUCCAGUUUAACCCAGUCCACGGUCAUAACUGCAGUUCUCCGUCAUGCCAACCAGAUGGUGCCAUACUACCUGUGUCUGCCAAAACAGUGCAGGCACUUUCUGAAAAGUCUGAUCAAACACUGGAGCACAGGAGAGGAGACUGUGAGGGUUCUUGCCUUCCUGGCUCUCAACAAAAUCUGUCGAAACAAACAGGAAAUCUACCUAAACUCUAUUCUUAAGCAAAUGUACAUUGCCUACGUAAAGAACUGCAAGUUCACGUCACCCAACACUCUUCCCAUGAUUAAUUUCAUGCAGCGGACUCUUGCUGAGAUGUACUCACUGGACACACAGGUGUCCUACCAGCAUGCCUUUAUUUAUAUUCGUCAGCUAGCCAUCCACCUCAGGAGCGCCAUUAAUUUGAAGAAGAAGGAGACAUAUCAGUCCGUGUAUAACUGGCAGUAUAUGCACUGUCUGUAUCUGUGGUGUCGGGUGUUGAGCACCAUUUACCCCAGCGAGGUUUUGGAGCCGUUGAUCUACCCACUGUGUCAAGUCAUCAUCGGCUGCAUCAAGCUUGUGCCCAUCUCUCGGUAUUACCCUCUGCGACUGCAUUGUGUCAGAGCGAUCAUCCUGCUGUCUGCCAACACCAAGACAUACGUGCCCGCCCUGCCCUUCCUGCUAGAGAUCCUCCAGCAGGAAGACUUCAAUAAGAAACCAGGCCGCAUGAGUAUAAAGCCCAUCAAUUUUGCAGUGAUCCUCAAACUCAGCAAGACCAAUCUCCAAGAGAAGGCUUAUAAGGAUGGUCUAGUGGAGCAGAUGUAUGACCUCAUUCUGGAGUACUUCCACACACAGGCCUGCUCCGUUGGCUUCCCUGAGCUGGCUUUGCCCACCAUCAUUCAGCUGAAAGCCUUCUUGAAGGAAUGCAAAGUGGCCAAUUACUGCAAGCAGAUGCGCCAGCUGCUGGAAAAGAUACAGGAGAACUGCAGCUACAUCACAGGGCGAAGGCAGAAAGCUGCUUUUGGCGUGGCUGAUGUCACAGCUGUGGCGGCCUGGGAGAAGCAGGUAGCAGAGGAAGGCACUCCACUCACUAAAUAUUACAGCCAGUGGAAGAAACUUCGUGAAAAGGAGAUUCAGCUGGAGAUCUCUGGAAAAGAAAGGAUGGAGGACUUGAAUCUCCCUGAGAUCAAACGCAAGAAGGCUGAAGAAAAGAAAGCAGACAAGAAGGAGUUCAAGGGGCUUUUUGAGUCAGAUAGUGACGACGAUGAUGACGACGACCUGUUCAAAUCCAAAGAGGAUAAGGGUGACUCUGAUGAGGACGAUGAAGGCCUUGAGGACCUCUCAGACCUGAGCGAUGAUGAUAAUGAAGAGGAUGUAGAUGACUUGGAGGAGGAUAAUUCAGAUGGUGACCAGAAGAAGCCCUCGUCUUCUAAAGGCAAAGCACCAAAGAAGAUGUUGAACACAGAGCUGAAGGAGGUGGCUGAAGGAGAUGAAGAUAUGGUUGAGGACCUGGAGCUCUCUGAUCAGGACUAAACUCAGUGUUACAUCAGAGGGACAACAUUUCUAUUUCACAUCCAAACAUGAUUUAUACUGUUAUUAAAGCAAUAGCUCACCAAAAAAUCAAAUAUAUUUCAGUGAAUUGUUCCUUUAAGAGCCAUGUACAGCCCCUGUUGUAGUAAUGUUGUUUUUUGUUUUUUUUGCACCAUUGUAUUUUAUAAAGUGUGAAACAAAACAAAUGAAUCUAACAUUUCGUAAGGUUGUCAAAUUAAAAAGACCUUAUUAAAAAAUCUGAACUUCA